AUGGAAGCAGGACGCGGCGGGGCGGGGAGCGUAGGUGGAUCUAGAACUGGAAGGGGGCCCUUCCAUUUGGGUAGGAGUCGUUGGGGUGCAGGCAAAAGCCUGGGGGCCGCGGGAGAAAAAGGGAAGGAGAUGAGGAAGGCGCCCCGCGGGCAACGGUGCGGGCGCCGGGCGAAGGAGACGGCGGUGCUGGCGACGGUGACGGCCACGGCCGGCCGCAGCGAGGGGGGCGGUGGCCGGCGGAAGCUAACCCGCCGCCACCGGGGCGCCUCGCCGGGAGUCGUGCAGCGAGCCCGGCCCCAACGCGCGCCGCGGGACCCGCCGCUCGUCCUCACGAAGGUGGCCGCGUGCGGAGGGCCUUGGGGCGCGGGGAGCCGGCGCGCCGGGAGGGCAGGAGCUCGGAGACAGAACCCGGAGCUGAUCGGAGAGGCGCGGGGGAGGAUCGUUGAAAGAGUUCAGGAGGAUGGGAAGGAGGAGGAGCUGGGAAAGGGCGGCCAGGAGGAGGAGGCCGUGCAUGCGCGUGGACGGCCCGGAGCUGGGAGGCUGAUCCCUGCCGAGGGAGACAUCGGAUCAGAAAGGCACGUCGGGGCACCUUCCCCGCAGAGGGCCACACCCCCAGGCAGUAAACUGGAAAACGCAAUGCACAGUCCUGACCACAGCUACAGCAAGGGUAGGAAUGCUUGCCUGGGCUCUGAGGGGAAGGAGAAGACGAACAGAAAACGUUUCUGCUCUCAGAAUUCCAAACCACAGCAACUCACGGUGGGUCUGGGGCCAGAAGCUGCUCUGCUCACGGAGGGGAAAAGUCAAAAUUUAGUCUGA